AUGUCAAGCUCUCGUGGUGGUCGUGGUUCGAAUUUCGGACAGAAACGUAGAAAUAUCGACACCGGCCCAUCUUCGUCGAGACCUCCAUUUCCGGAAUUUGCGAAUCAAUCGAUACAUGUGGAUAUUCCCGGUGUCGCCGAUGAGAUUGAUGAGGCGAUGAUCGAGCGCAUUUUUGGCUCAAUUCAGCCUGAGCAACAAGAGCAACAGCAGCCGUAUCACGACCAUUUCGAUGAUAUAUUUGGAGAGUCCCCGCCGGAGGUUCAGCAACCGACGCAACAGCAACAGCCGGACCCGGAGAUUUGA